CAUCGGGAUCUUAUCAUCAUCUCCCAGUAGCAACGUACUUUAAAGGAUCGAUUGUUAUACAUCCCCUCGUUUCCAGCCAGAGUGUUGGCAGUCGCCGGAACGUGGGGUCAAUAAAUUUCAAUUCUCACGAUGGUGGAAGACAGAUUUAUGAAGACGCCACCGCGAUCGCAGCAGAAAUGCCAUGCGUCGAUAACCAGAUCGUCACCAUUUCGAACGCCGGCCAGAACUCCGUCGCGGAAUCUAAGAAGAAGCAGCCAUAGAAAACUUCGGAUGACCCCAUCGCCGACUAUUUCCCGCUACCCUUCCACUCAACGGAUUACGCCGACUGGAUCAUCUUAUUGUGGUACUAGCGGUGGUGACAGGUUCAUACCAUCUCGUCGCUCCAUGUUAAACAUAGACAUAUGUCGCAAGAAACUGUUAUCUGCUGAUGACGAUAAUGUCAAGGGAAAGAAUUCCKUCAACGACACUAAUGAUGUCAGUGGCGAUGGGGGGGAAGAGAAGGCGCAAAMACCAGCCGAAACGCCAGUACAAAAAGAAUACAAACGUCGAAUGCUCAGUUCCUUGUGCAAUGUUCCGUUGGAUAUGUUAGACGAUGAUGCACAGCCUCGUGGGAUUUUGAAUUUCGGGGCACAAAAUUCAAGUACAACAAAAGAAAACAAUCCUAGCAGUUGCGAGAGAUCACCUUGGCAGAMRAAUCGUAUUCGGUUKGAGGAUCCUUACAGCCAUGACAGUUUGCGCGUGCUGCAGCAYUUCGAAUCGAUUGACGACAGAUUUUCUUCGGCUAUAAGAAGUGCAGAUGUCAUYAAUCGAAAAAUUCCGAGCCAACCGUGUCGAAUCUUAGAUGCCCCAGACCUUGUUGACGACUACUACUUGAAUUUGAUAAGUUGGAGUGCAGACAACAUUUUAGCAGUGGCACUUGCGCAUUGCGUUUAUUUGUGGAAUGCAGGAUCUGGCGAAAUCCAUCAUCUCACUACUAUCGAAGGCGACGAUGACUAUGUCACAUCUGUUUCAUGGUGCACUAUACCGGGGCAAUCAAAGUAUUUAGCGAUUGGAACAAAUUCUCACAAAGUACAACUGUGGGACACGCAAGCUUCGAGAUUAGUGAGGAUUCUUCGAGGUCACUCCGGGCGAGUAGCAUCUAUGGCAUGGAAUCAAAAUUGGUUGAGCUCAGGGGGUAGAGACUCGAUGAUUCUCCAGCACGACGUACGAUCUGGUAAUCAUGUCGUGGCUCGAUACAAGGCUCAUGAACAAGAAGUCUGUGGUUUGAAGUGGAAUGGUAUGUUCUUUCUAACAUCUUUCGUUUUCGGCGACUUUUUGGGACCUAUUGAUUUCGCACCAUACACUCACAUUUUUUGAAAAUAUGACAGAGGAUGGYACCAAUUUAGCUAGCGGAGGAAAUGAAAAUUUCCUAUGUAUUUGGGAUGCGUCGAUGUCAUCUCGAAGCAGAAGCAACAUGUUUUCUUCUGAUAUCUCUCCUCGAUGGGUCCUGAAGCAGCACAAGGCUGCAGUCAAAGCUUUAGACUGGUGUCCCUUCAAUCGAGGACUGUUAGCUAGUGGUGGCGGAACAGCAGACCGAAGUAUCAAAUUAUGGAACUCAAAUAGUGGCGCCAUGUUGAAAUCCAUAGAUACAGGGUCACAGGUAUGCUCUAUUCUUUGGAGUAAACACCAGCGCGAGUUGUGUAGCUCACAUGGCUUUUCCGAGAACCAAUUGAUCUUAUGGAAAUACGGUAGCAGGUCGAGUUUGACAAAAGUUAAAGAGUUGACUGGCCAUACUCAUCGUAUACUUAGUCUGGCGUGUAGUCCGGAUGGCAGCACUGUCGUUUCGGCAGCGGCUGACGAGUCUUUGCGAUUCUGGAACAUUUUCGGAUCUGCACCAAGUCGGCGAUCGUCUGUUCUUCCGAUGGGAGACUUAGCAUUUGGGAUGCCAACAAUUCGAUAAGGAACUGAAUAACUUUUUCUUUUUAAAUUGAAAACGAUCUAUCAUCUAAACAUUCAACUUAAUUUAGCCAUGCUAUAUGAAUUUGUGGUUCCAUCUCAAUGGUUUUGAUCGAAUUUACUGGAAAAACGAUAUUGAGAACAUACCCAAUGGGAGUAUUCAAUGCGUAGAARAGAAUCUGGCAGUCAACGUAAUCAUCAACUAAUAUUUCAUAUUAUCCAGGAUCAUUCCUUAUUGCAAAGCUAGAUUGAAAUUCGUCAUUAAAACAGUGUCAGAUAUUUAGGGAUUAGUGAGCAAAUUAUAAUUUUAAGGAAACGGAACCAUGCUCAAGUUAUCAACAGCGAUAUCGACGUUUUUACGGGCAUCUGACACCAAAAUCACAAUCUUGUCAAUCGUAUAGGUGCUGGUCGAAGGCACUUCAACUUGGCCUUCAAAUCUGUUCCAACCAUUGGUAUUCCAUGUUCCAAUGUAAGAAUAGAUAAUUUCCUCGCGAACUGGAGUAUAGCGAUCGCUCUUGUCAUAAAAUCUAACUCUGAAGCGAGGACAUCUUUUGGAUGCAUCUGUUCUUUCAGAAAUGUCACAUUCCGCUCCGUUAUCAGUCCCUGGUUCAAGAAGUCURAUUUGCGCCGAGAUUUUCCAUCUGCUUGAUGGGAUUAGUCGAUUUUCCUUAUCGACGUAUUUCUCACCCGAAUACCACAUACCUCUAUGGUAAUGAUUACGCCCUGUCACUCGGACUGCCACUCCUGUUCCCCCGAAUCCAUUCACAGUUGAAAUUUUAUCUUGGCUAACGCCACUUCCUGUCCAAAAGUUUGCGACGCCCAGUUCAUUAUCACCAUUCACAAUGAGUUCACCCUGUGACGAUGUUAGUGUUUUCCCCAUCAAUGCUUCAGACGCAGUUCCAAUUUCCUUCACUGAUACACUAUCCAGGAUCAUAUUUGAGCCAGUUCUUUGGAAGAAAAUUCGAACGUCGGCUGCUGAUUCAAUUAAGUCUGUUGCCUCAAAUACACCCCACAGGGUGGAGAAGUUAUCUGCUGUAUCUGAAGUAGAAUCUAAAGCCCGCGCGAUUCCACCAACGUAACCAAGAUAAUUAUUGCUUUCAUCAAAUAAGCGUAACGACAUUUCAGGACACCUCGGAUUAUUUGUCUGGGGGUCGCAGCUGGUUGGGUUUCCUCCUCUAUCAAGUAAACGGUACUUAGCCUGCGCAAUGUAACGAUUUCCAGCUACAAUACAGUUGUUUUUGAUAGAGUGUUCUGCGGAUCCAGUAGUCAUCUUCAAUGCAUAUCCAGUUCCUCCGGUUCCAGGGGACACAAUUUGAAGCCCCUCAGCAUCAUAAUCAUUCCACAAUUCAGAUGAUCCAUUAUCGAACCCACCAUUUGAAACCAGUUCAUCGUCUUCGUCGUCACAGCUCGACUCUGAUAGCAGAGUCAUCGAUACGUCGUCAACAAACAUUUCGAGGCUGUUCGAACGCCUUUCGACAUACAAGCGAACAUUAGUUGAAUCUGCCAAACYCUCACUUAUUGUGACAAUACCAUUCACAAGUUGAUAGCCUUCGUUGUUGGUAUGCCUGGAUCUUGUGACACCUAUUUCAAUUUCUCUAUCUCGAAGAAAUCGUUCAUUGUCCCGCCGAUGCAUGCCAUAAUGUAGCAUAAUUCGUGGACAAUGCCAGCUACCCUUUACGGAAGGGUCACAAUAUACAGCUUUUCCAUUGUUAUCAAUAAGUUUUACGUAGGCUUUGACUUCGUAUUGGCGACCAAUGUUGUGUGAGAGACAACGGGUAUCAAGAUGCUGUGUAAGUCCAUCAUCAUGAGACUCCGUCUUUAUGUCACCAAAUGCAUUCGAACCAUCUAUACCCGCAAGAUUGAUGAUUUCAAUUCCCAUGUUUCGCUCGAAAACCCAGGAUAUUGGAUCAGUGUCCGAAGCUUCUGCGUCACCAUUAGCUAUAAGGUUUUUACAGUUAUU